UCUCCAUCUUGUAACUUCUAUUCAUUUUUGUUUUUAAGAGAAAGAAAAUUUCGGUUUGCUAAGAUGGCGAGAAUCAAAGUAGUUGCCAGGAAGUCACCGAGCUGGGCUCUCACCCCAAGACCCCACACUCCCUCAUCAGCCAUUACGAUCCAGGACGCAUCCAGCAACCCCCAAGAGCUCUCCACGCGGCCAACAACAAAGAACGACGUGGAACGCAAGAACAGGGGAAGGAAACAUGCACUCCAGUUAAGUCCCACCAACGAAGAAGACGAAGAAGAAACAGAGACCGACGAAGAAGAAGAAGAAGAAGACGACGACGAUCCCCAUGCAAAGUUGAUAAAUGAGCUCAAACUCUUCCAACAGUGGGGACUCAUGAACAAACAAGACCCGAACAAAGUCUCCUCCUCAGAUGAUGAUGAUGAUGAGGAGGAGGAGGAGGAGGCUCCAACCGAAACACAACGCUAUGGAUUGGAGGUGACGAGGAGGUACCCAAACUUGUUCUUGCUCAUCCCACAACACCCUCACUACCAAGGCUUGCUGCAUGACGGCGUCGACGAAGGGAUCAAGAAGACCGUUUACCAAGCGCUGUGGUGCAAGUUGGUGGAUCUCAUGGACAAGGCAUUGCAGACCAAUUGCUUGUCGAAUCCCAGGGAGAUCAAAGAGAUGAUGGAAGAAGCCAGGGGCCUGGAGAAGCUAGGCUUCGACGUCCGACAUCUCAUGGCCCGUUUGGAGCUCCCAUCUCGCAGUAUCUUCGACCUCAGUCUUGCUAAUGAUCAGCUUCGUUUGGCCAAGAAGAGGAAGCGUGAAGUGGAAGAGCAGCUCACGGAGCUCGACAUGCUGGAAGCUGAAGCUGAUAAAUUGAAGAGGAUGCUGCUGGAUGUGGAGGCCAGGGUUUCUCAGUUGAAAGCUAGAGUUGGUUCCAAUGAAGAACGGGCUGCACUGAUGAAAUCCCUGAGAAAAGAAGUAGAGGAUGCGGAGAAGAUUUUUCGAGCAAAACUAGAUAUCUUUAAAUCCCUUGACUGAGAAUCGUAUGCCCAAGUGCAUGCACUCAAUAAACUUGUCGUGCAUCAACUUUUGUGAUGCCUUGGAGCAUUCACCGAUGAGCUUAUCAUCUUUGAACUUUUGGAUAGUGUGCUUUAAUUCCAUUUCAUUACUGCAAUUAAUGGAUGGUGGUAAUUAUAGUGGAAGUGUUGAAUUACAUGGUAUAUUGUAUGAUAUAAAUUGUCAGUCUU